ACGACCCACCCCACUCACGAUUCCGACAUCGCCCUAUCGAGAAGUUCAGAAUGUCCGGCAACAAAGUUGUUUUUGAAGGAUACGCAGCAAGAACACAAUUUGUUAGGAAAACAUGAUCGAUCGGUACUCAGACCAGGUACCAGACAGGAGUGCUGUGCCCCUCCUCCUAUCAAGGGAAUGCAGAAAUGGCCGAACAAUUUCGAAAACCUCUUGAAUGCGUUGAAGAAGUUGGAGAGCGCAGUGCGAUUGUACUACGAGGAGGAAAGCAACUCAAGUCGUGGUGUUCAAGAAGCUGCCAAUACAGUCGGAGCAGUAUCCAGAGGAGUCCAAACAAUUGUUGGUGAGCAAGAGAUGUCGGGACCAUCAUCUUCUCGGCUAGUAGCAGAGGUGCACAGAAUGGAAAUUGAAAGGGCGAAGAUUCGAACAUCAAUCGAAAAAACAAUCAUGGAAAAUGAGAAAAAGAGGGGACAACUUCUCGACGUGCAAACGCAGAAUGCUUUGAUGGAGCAAGCCAUACUGAAGGCAAAGCUGAGGAUGUUGAAUCUUGAUUUGAAGAACAAUGGCUAA